AUGGCUGCAAAGGUAGAAUCACUGGCCAGUUCAGUCCAAGAACUGUCUAUGAACCGCAGUGGACCUCCAUCAAGAUACAUCUUGAAAGAUGGUAUUGGAUUGAAUGUUGCAUCUUCCUUUCCAGUGCUGGAUAUUUCAGUCAUUGAUCUUGGUCUGCUUGCAUCCUCUUCACCAGAGGGUGAAGAACAACUCGAUCGGCUCCGGUCUGCUCUCGGCUAUUGCGGUUACUUUCAGAUAAUAAAUCAUGGAAUUGAGAGUUCAUUUCUAGACCAAGUGCAUGAUCUUACCAGAGAAUUCUUUCAUCUUCCAAUGGAAGAGAAGAAGAAAUACUCCAGAGAAGCAAAUGACAUAGAUGGAUAUGGAAAUGAUGUAAUAUAUUCAGAGAAACAGACUCUUGAUUGGAAUGACCGUUUGUAUCUCAAUACUCUCCCCGAAAAUAUCAGAAAACUCAAAAAGUGGCCCAAAAAUCCCGAAAAGUUCAGGUAA